AUGGCUUUAUUUCCAGCAAGCCACGUCGUUGUGGUGGGCGGUGGGCUGGCCGGAAUGGUGGUUGCCAACCAGGUGUUGGAGCGAGGAGGUCGAGUCUUGGUUCUUGACAAGGCUCCCUUUUGCGGUGGCAACUCAGCCAAAGCCACCGCCGGCAUCAGUUUUCCAGCAUCUCAGGAGGAUGCUAUGUCUACUUUCCGGAAUGACAUCAGAGUUGCUGGAGGGAGUGAGACACCCCUGGCGGAAGUCUUGGGUCGAAAUGGCUUGCCCAACAAGAGUUGGCUGGUUGACAAAUUCGACUUAAAUCUGGCAAUGAUCGCGAAACAUGCAGGGCACUCCCAUCCACGGACCCUCAGGACUGGGGAUGGCAUGCCCGGUAUGACGAUCACCUAUGCCCUGAUCCAGCGUGUCGAGAAGGUUGCUGAGGUGUCUGAUAGAGCUCGAAUCAUCACCAAAGCUGAAGUCUCCAGACUCCUCAGUCGGGCAGGAAGUGUAGUCGGCUGCGAGUACCAGAAAUUUGGGAGAAGCAGCAAGGAGUACGGUCCCGUCAUCCUCUGCACUGGUGGCUUUGCAGCAGGUGUUGGACCUGGAUCUGUGCUGGCAAAGUACCGGCCCGACUUGGUCAACCUGCCAACGGCCAGCGCGGAGCAUUGCACAGGAGACGGGCUGAAGCUUGGUGAAGAUGUCGGUGCCAAGACUCUCGACCUGGAGUGGGUGCAACUCCAUCCGACAGGGCUGAUACACUUGGACGAACCAGAGGCGCCUCGCAAGGCGAUUGCGGGAGAGAUCUUCCGUGCGGCGGGCGCGCUGCUGCUGGAUGCGUGUGGGGAGCGCUUCUGCAACGAGCUGGGGCCGGCAGACCACAUCCUAGAAGAGAUGUCCAAGAGGCCAGGCCGAGCCCCAUUUUGGCUCUGCCUGAACACGGCUGCGUCCCGAGAGCUGCAACGUCAAUGCCGGGCAUUCACUCGGCGGCGGCUCAUGAAGUGCUACGCGUCCGGGAAAGAACUCGCACAGGAGAUGAGGAUACCUCUGCAGAAGCUCGUGGAGGUGCACGAUGCCCAUGCUGAAGCAUUCCGCCGCACACUGAGGGACGCCGGGGAGGGCGAAACCGAGAAGGGAGCAAAUGGGACGGGUCCGUUUCAAGGGCCUUGGAGGAGUUUCGACGGGAGGCGCUCCUACGACGAGGUUUCCGGGAAGCUGGGAUUUGGGAAGUGUGACUUUCGGAAUGUUUUGGUUGGCUCCAGGGUAGCAGAUGAGACCUUCCAUGCUGCGCAAGUCACUCCGGUGAUCUUGUACUGUGCUGGGGGUCUUGGAAUCUCUGUCCAGGGAGAGGUGCUGAAACAAGAUGGGUCAGCAAUCCCCGGUCUCUUUGCUGCUGGGGAAUGUACAGGUGGUGUUCAUGGAAGGCUGGCACUGCCAGGAAAUUCUUUGCUGGAUUGCCUUGUGUUUGGAAGAGUGGCUGCGAAGUCAGCUUGCAAAUACAUAUUCGGCGAGGAUGAUGAGUUUCGCCAUCUCUUGCUUGGGAGAUCCUUGGAGUACAAGCGCGCGCUGUUUCAGAGGCGGAGUGGUUCAGCUCUGCUUAGUACAAGCCUGGCAUUCUGGGUUUUGGAUGAUGCCGUGCCGCGGCAGUCGUUGGCCUUCCUCCUGGGGAGGGGAGCAGGCACAGCAGGGCCCAGGCUGGCUGGCUGCGUGAGCCUGCAGGCCUGGAACGACGACUCGCCGCCUCCUCCGCCCCCGCGGCCGCCGCUCCUUGACUUUGUGGAGUCACGUGUUCUCGGCCACUUCACGGCCGUUCGGCUCAAGUUUCCGGCAGCCCCAUUUCCGUUUCAUGCUGCCAUGUUCUUGAGUUGUCCCUGCACUUUGCUGCAGGAAGAUGACCUCCGUGACGAGAGCCUUCGCGGCGCCGACCCGACUGACGAGAUUCUCGACGAUACUGCCACGAACAACCUGAAGCAUGUGUCCUUCAAGGACGACAGCAGUCGGCCCACAUCGUGCACGAGAACUCUACCAUCCGAUCGGGGUACUUCCUUGAGCGGCAGCAACUCGAAGAAGGGCGUACCGCUGACGACUUUUGUUCUAGAAGCGCGCAAGAGGAAGAUGCUGCAAGCAAGGAUCAAGUUGUUAUCCUUCCUUGGCAAAAACGGCUUCAAGACCCACGAUGUGAAUGCAAAGAAGAGUGGAGUUUUCGGCUUUUCCCGUACUUAUCCGUUGCACGAGGCUGCAAAGCAGGAUCAUGCUUCGAUGGUGCGUCUGCUGUUGCUUUUCGGAGCUGAUUCAGCCAAGAAGGACAGCUCAGGCCGUACAGCCUACGACUACGUCAAGACCAAGCCUCCCAGUGAUGAGGUGCGCCGGAUUCUGGAGAAGGACAACAUGUGGCAGCGGCAGUCUGCAUGGCACAGGAUCUGGCCGCCACAGGGCUUCGAGGAGUUCCUGGAGGAGGUUAGGAGCUUUUACCAAGUUGAUCUAGAAGCAGGUGAGCGAAAGAUGACAGAUGUCGAGAAGCAAGCUGAUGCGAUCGUCCAUGCGGUGCGCGUCCAGUCGUUGCAGUUGAGCUGCUCCAUUGGCAUGGGAAGCUGGGUGGGACCCUGGUGCGUCUACGUUCCCGUGCUUCCCAGGCUGAAGCGGUUGACGAAUCGCAAAGAUAGCGCAGAUGAUUUCAAAAUAGACAUGAAGACCGGCCGUAAGCUGUCACGCCCGAGUAGAGUACACGAUGCAGCCCUUGAGAAGCAGUUCACCCUGGGUUUCGCUUUCACUGGCGUGGCCUUGGAUGCUUUGAGUAGAGGCGACAACGGAGUUUGGCUUCCUCUUGCCCGAUACCAGGCUCGCAGGGAGCUCAACCUUGCGGACGUCGACCCGGGUGAGGAUCCACAAGCCAAGGAUCUUGUGGCUUUCAGCCAGGGUUUCGUGAAGUCUGACGCUGGCCAGGAGAUGGUUCAGGUUACUUCUCGAGCCGUGGGACAUGGUGAUGCCAGACAAAACAUCUGGAUUCUUCCUGUGUUCGUGGAUCACGAUCGCUCUUCGCAUGCCGAGCGGCAGGCUUUGCUGGUUUUACUCCAGGCUGCUCCGAUCGAUCCCGUGAGUGAAGGUGUGAAGAAAGGAGUGACUGGCCAGAUGCGGGUCUUCGCCAGCCAUACUCCUUGCAUUUCGUGUCUCUCUUCCAUGUGCCAAUUCACUAGAUGUUUCGAAGGCCGGCCGUG